AAACCCAGAAGACAUGCAGCCUCACUGCAACGUGUCCAUGUUAACCGCACAACACUCAACUUCCCCAAUAUUUCCGACCCCUACAACAACACCCUCCCUCUUUCCUCUUUGGCCUCUCAGAUUCGUCAACCGUUCUCUCUGAUAAAAGCAGUUUGAGUGAUGACAACUCCUGUGAGAAAUAACAUGAUGAAUAAGCUAGAGGAUCAGAAACGCCACUCUAAUAGUAGUGAUGUCAGUCCAGUUAGUGAUCUUUGGACUGAUGGACUCAUUUGUGCAUUCGAAUUUGUUCGAGGGCAUAAAAAGGUCCUGUCAGCACAAUAUGUUGUCAAAGAUGCGGCAAACAAGCAAGUUUCCUCACCUGAGCUGAAUAAAUCCCACUACUCAAGAAAGAAUGUAAACAACUCAUGUGAAUCCUCACCAAAAAGAGAGUCAGGAGUUGGUCGGAAUGUUAAGGAAGAAGGCCGAAACUGCAACCAGGAUUCUCACUCAUGCCGUUUAUGUGGGAGAGAAGGUCUUCCCAAAAGUUGUUGGGUACCAAUUGGCUGGGAUAGGAUUUCUGAACUGGUCCAGACAGUGCAAGUUGAUGAUGGCUGGGACUCACAGCCUAUGGAGUUUGCAAGCGACGAAGAUGAUGUUGCUGUAGCAGAUGUGGCAGCUCCUUACUGGGAACGGCCAGUAGGACCCACUUGGUGGUGUCACGUAGCUGCUGGUCAUCCAUGCGUCAAUUCAUGGCUGAGUACUGCUCAAUGGCUGCAUCCUGCUGUCAGUAUUGCUUUGCGAGAUGAAAGUAGGCUGAUAAGUGAUCGAAUGAGGCACCUUCUGUAUGAGGUUCCUGUAAGGGUUGCUAGUGGACUAUUAUUUGAGCUCCUCGGCCAGUCAGCAGGUGAUCCAUAUGCUGAUGAAGAUGACAUUCCCAUUGUUCUUCGAUCAUGGCAGGCACAGAAUUUUCUAGUAUCAGCAUUGCAUGUUAAAAGUUCUGCCCAAAACAUUAAUGUGUUGGGAAUAGUAGAAGUCCAGGAGCUGCUUGCUGCUGAGGGCAUUACGAUGCCACAAACUAUUCAUGAAGUCAUAGCACAUUUAGCCUGCCGGCUUGCAUGUUGGGAUGAUAGGUUAUUUCGCAAAUCCAUAUUUGGGGAGGCAGAUGAACUUGAACUGAAGUUUAUGAACAGGAGAACCCAUGAAGAUAUGCAUCUGUUCAGUAUAAUAUUGAACCAAGAAAUCCGAAGGUUAUCAACCCAGGUUAUAAGAGUGAAGUGGUCGUUACAUGCAAGAGAAGAAAUUGUGUUUGAGCUUCUUCAGCACUUGAGAGGGGAUGCCACAAGGCAGUUGCUAGAACGAAUAAGAAAGAGUACAAGAGAGAUGAUAGAAGAGCAAGAAGCAGUUCGUGGUCGCUUGUUUACUAUUCAAGAUGUGAUGCAGAGCACUGUUCGUGCAUGGUUACAGGACAGAAGCCUAACAGUGCAACAUAAUUUGGGAGUUUUUGGAGGUUGUGGCCUUGUCCUUUCUAUCAUUACUGGACUUUUUGGGAUCAAUGUUGAUGGAAUACCUGGAGCUUCAGGAACACCAUUCGCAUUUGGUCUAUUUUCUGCCGCUCUGGUCUUCUUGGGGGUUGUACUAAUUGGAAUUGGAUUCGUUUACCUCGGGUUAAAGAAACCUAUUGUUGAAGAGGAUGUUGAAGUUAGAAAACUAGAGCUCCAAGAGCUGGUUAAGUUGUUUCAGCAGGACGCAGAGUCUCAUGCACAAGUACGAAAAACUGUUCCCAGAACCAACCCAACUGCUCGACUCCCCAAUGGUGCAGGUUAUGUUCUCAUCAGUUGAACUACUAAGAUUCAAGUUAUUGGAUAGGCUUUCUUUAUGCAGCAAGUUCAUUUACAAAUGGUUCUUUUUUUGUUUGCUUUUAAAGUUUGUAAUAGUAAUUAAGUGUCAUCUGUGACGCAAACAGUUUAUGGAUGGACCUUGUGCGAGAUCGAUGAACCUCUUCAUUCAUGCAGGUAGACUACCAGAUGGUGAGAGUUUUGUUGUCAUCAGCUGACCUAAUAGGCUAAUAAUAUGGAGUUAUUUUUGUUGAAUA